AUGAUAGAGAUCCAGUUUAGGGCUUCCGCCAAGCCUCCAUUUUCAAAUGCAAGAUGUGUUAGUGCUGAUGUUAAGCCUGAUGCUUAUGUUUAUACGGCUGUGAUUCGAAGUUUGUGCGAGUUGAAGGAUUUUGAUAAGGCGGAAGAAAUGAUUCGAUGGAUGGAAUCCGGUGAAUGCGAAUUGAGUGUAGUGAUAUAUAAUGUGUUGAUUCAUGGGAUUUGUAAGAGCCGUAGAUUUUCGGAGGCUGUUGCGGUUAAGAAGGGGUUGAAGGCGGAUUUGGUGACGUAUAGUACAUUAGUGAUUGGAUCAUGCAAGGUGCAGGAGUUUGAGUUUGGUGUGCGGAUAUUGGAUGAAAUGAUCGAGUUAGGAUUUGUACCUAGUGAGGCAGCUGUUACGGCUUUGGUUGAGGGGUUGAGGAGCAAUGAUGCUUUUAAUUUGGUAAACAAUGCUUGGAGAGUUGGAGUGGCGCCUAAUUUGUUUGUAUAUAAUUCAUUGCUUAAUUCUUUGUGUAGAGUUGGAAAAUUUGAGGAAGCAGAGUUGCUUUUCAAGAAAAUGGGAGGGAAAGGGUUAUGUGCAAAUGAUAUAACUUACUCUAUUUUGAUUGAUUCAUUUUGUAGAAGGGGUGAAAUGGAUACUGCAAUUACUUUUCUAGAUAAAAUGACUGAAGCAAGAGUAAAUUUCACUGUCUAUCCCUUUAAUUCCCUUAUUAAUGGUUACUGCAAGUUGCGAAAUGUGAAUGCAGCGAAGUACUUUUUUGACGAGAUGACUGACAAAGGAUUGACUCCAACAGUCGUGACAUAUACAUCGCUGAUAACUGGUUACUGCAAUGAAGGAGAUUUCCGUAAGGCAUUUAGAUUGUAUCAUGAGAUGACUGGAAAGGGAAUUGCUCCAAAUACAUACACCUUUACUGCGAUUAUAACAGGUUUCUGUCGGGCAGGUAUGAUGGUUGAGGCAACAAGAUUGUUUGAUGAAAUGAAAGAAAGAAACAUAAUGCCAAAUGAGGUCACAUACAAUGUUAUGAUCGACGGACAUUGUACAGGUGGAAACACAUUUAAAGCUUUUAAAUUGCUCGAUGAAAUGGUAGAGAAAGGUCUCGUUCCAGAUACAUAUACCUAUAGACCUCUCAUAGCUGGUCUUUGUUCUGCAGGCAGGGAAUCCGAAGCCAAAGAAUUCAUUGAUGAGCUUCACAAAGGUCAUCGCAAGUUAAAUGAGAUGUGUUAUGGUGCUCUUCUGCAUGGUUAUUGCAAAGAAGGAAGAUUACGUGAUGCAUUGAGUUCUUGUCGUGACAUGGUGGCGAGAGGUGUUGAUAUGGAUCUCGUCUGCUAUUCGAUACUUAUAGACGGAACUAUGAGAGUACGCGACACUAGAACAUUAUUCGGCCUUUUGAAGGAGAUGCACAGUCAUGAAUUGAGGCCCGAUAAUGUAUUAUAUACAAACAUGAUCGAUAGACACAGCAAGGUGGGGGAUGUAAAGGAGGCAUUAGGCCUUUGGGAUAUAAUGGUCGACGAAGGAUGCAUUCCAAAUAUUAUAACUUACACUGCUCUAAUAAAUGGUUUGUGCAAGGCGGGAUUCAUGGAUAAGGCGGAGCUUCUUUGCAAAGAAAUAUUGGUUGGCAACGAAGCUCCAAAUCACAUCACAUAUGGCUGUUUCCUUGACAGGCUUACUAGGGACGGGGACGUGGAGAAAGCUGAACAGCUUCAUCAUGCAAUGCUUAAAGGGCUUUCAGCAAAUACUGUUUCAUAUAAUAUACUUAUCCGAGGCUUUUGUAAAUUGGGCAAGAUUCGAGAAGCAACCAAACUCCUAAAUGGCAUGACAGACAAUGGGAUUUUUCCAGAUUGCAUCACAUAUUCAACGAUUAUGUAUGAGCACUGCAAAAGCGGUAAAUUACAGGAAGCUAUCGAAUUAUGGCAGACAAUGCACGACAAGGGUAUCAAACCUGAUACGCUAGCAUACAAUUUUUUGAUACAUGGUUGCUGCAUCGCAGGGGAACUGCGCAAGGCCUUUGAAUUGCGGGAUGAGAUGAUAAGGCGAGGUAUGAAGCCUAGUCAAAUUACAGACUAUGCUCCGAUCCAUAGAGCCGAGUUAAAGAUUUCGAGUUUGCCUGCUAAUACAUAGCUAAGAUUCAAAUUUGUUGUACCAUGUGCUUGCUAGGAAAACCAAUAAAGCUCCAAUGCCGUAUUGUAGAAAUUCUUUUAAUCACUAACCAAAUUGAUAAACAUUGCAGCAAACUAGAUAGUUAACACUGAACCAUGUAAAGUUUAAAAUAGGAACAGAGUGGGUGUUCAGAACUUCAGCUGAUAUACACAACCACAACUUAAUUGUAACCAUUGUUUUAUUAAGGUCACUUCAUAAUUCAGUUU